AUGGUUUCUCACCGGCAUGAUUUUACAGAUUCUGAAUCUGAAGUGGAGAUUGAUUCAGGUCGAGAAGGAGAAGGAGGACCUUCGACAUCCCGUAAAAGACAAUUCAGUGAAGAACCUGCUGAAUCUUCAAAGACAGGGAUAUACAGUAGAGGAAGAAGUCAAGAUAUAGAUGAUCUACUUGAAGAAGAAGAUGAACAAGAAGAAGCAGUAGAAGUACUUGUACCAAAACCAAAGAAAACCAAAAAGGGGAAAGAAGGACAUCCAUUAAAAAUCACUCUACGACCGAAUAUAAACCACUUGAUGAAUGGCGAUACGCAACCUCCUAAAACAUCUGCAACAAGACAUUCAGAUCGUUCGUCACUCUCUCCACCACCUCCCAUAACACUCAAAUUCGGUUUGAAAGCAGCCAUGGCAGAAAAAGCAAACUACUCUUCUACAGACGAAGAUGAACCGCGUGUCAUUCCACCACCAAACAAGAAGAAGAAAACAUCGUCCGGUGCGGGAACUUCAUCUAACGGGAAGGGUAAAUCAAAGGCUCAAACUUCAUCCGCAGCGGCGGCGGCGGCGGCAGCAGCAGCAGCAGCAGCUUCCACCCUUGCUGCUCAUAGGAAAAGUUAUGACUGGCUAUCACCAUCUGCUGCAGGAGCAAGUCAUAGAGGUCCACCAGAAAGGAAUGGUAAGAUCACAGGUUGGUCUCCUGCAGAUGAGGAUAUCGGUGGACUAUUGGAUGAUUCCCCCGAAACAUCAGAAAAGAAAUCUAUGAAAAGUCAUAAGAAGAAAUCUUCAGAUGCACCUCCUGGUCCUGGAAAGGCUUGGAGGAAAGGUAUAAAGAAAGGUAUGAUGGCUGCAGUCAAAGCCGAGAAAGCCUCAUCGACUCCGGGUGCUUCACCUCUUCAACCAGCUGCUACACCAGGGAGCAGAGAUGUGACACCAGACCCACUCGAACCGCUAACACUCCCUCCUGUCGAACGAUCUAUCGCCCCGGCUGUCGUUCCACCACCUCGUGCUCCUUCGCCCCCAUUCAUUCUUGCCGACGCGAAAGCGCUCGGAUUCCCGAUUUAUCCAAACCCAAUUCAUGCUAUGAAAACAAAUCUGGGAGCUUUCCCAAAGGUCACUCAAUAUUUUGGACCUCUCAAUGGCGGUGAUGUCGGACCGUUUCCAAGGAAAGAACCAGUCAGAAACUGGACUCAAUCUGAAAAAGUCAUAAUUGGAGUUGGAGGAGGUCAACUCAAGAUCAAGUCAUGGGUCAUGGGACCACCUUCGGAACUUGGACGUUUGGUACAAGCAGACAAAGAAGCUAAAGAAGUCGCCCGACUUGCCAAAAUCAAAUCUAAUGCCGCAGGAACUUCGACUCCUACAACAACUGUCCCACUUGAUUCAUCAAUCGAAAGACCAUCACUUACUCAAACGAAUUCAUUUGACGCUUCAACAGUUCCUACACCUGCUUUGAGUGCCUCAAACGUAGAUAAAGUGGAUGAAGAAAUGUCUGAAAUAGCAGAUGACGAUUCUGUCAUAGGUGGUGGAAGUGUUCAGGGGAUUAGCACAGCGACACUUGUGCCAACACUGACAACUACCCCUACGCCAAAGAUCAAAGUCAAAGUUGCAGGAACGGGAACGGGAACAGGAACAGGAGGAAAAAAGAAACCGCCCAAGAAAUCAGCUUUGAGACAAGAGAUUGUACCCAGUGAAGAAAAUAGCGAGUUUGCAGACAGUCAAGUGGUUACCCCUACAGCGUAA